AUGGAUCAUUAUGUAACUAUUAUGAACAUCUUGUCUACAUUUGGUUUUUUCAUUCUAAUAGCAUCACUCUAUCUCAUUGUCUUCGGUAUAUCAAAACUUAACUACAUAUCUCUCUUUGCCAUACAUGGACAUGAACUAUCAGUGGGAAUAUGCCAACUGUGCAUGACGUUAGGAGUAGUUCCAACAUUUGAAUUCCCAUGCGCCGCUGGAUAUACUAAUGGCUUGUUCAAUCGGCUUGGAUUCAUGAGUACAUUGGCACAAGCAUUCAUUCAAAUCCUCUUGUUAGUUGUAGCAGGAUGGUUUGUUGCUCUGAUCUCAAUAAUCAGAGUCUUCGCUGUAUCAAUCAAGUUGCAAGAGAAAACUAAAAAAAUAAUUUUAUACAGUCACAUGCUCCAUCUGUCAACUCAACUCCUCUUAUUUGUCUAUAUAAUGAUACAAAUUACAAACUCAGAAGAAGAAGGUCUUAGGGAUUGUUUAAAAAUGAAAGAUAAUAAGAUAUCGCCAGAAAUGUACACACAGCAUGCGUUUUUCAUUCUGAUUGGCAAACACAAAAUAGUUUAUUUCCUCUAUUUUGAUAUACUGUUCAUCGCUUCGGUGUUUGCUGGCAUUGCGGGAGUUUGCGGAAUAGAACUAAUUCAGAGCUUGAGAAAGCAGAAAGCAGCUUCUAAAUCUCCUAAAGCCAGCAAAAUUCAACGACAUCUCACUUUUGCAAUUCUCGGCUUGAUCGCUACUAAUGUUAUUGGUAUUGCGCUCCCCUCCACUUGUAUAAUGCUAUGUGCAUCAUUAAAUUUAGGCUCACCUAUUUACUCUCAAAUAUCUUUCGUGAUCAUGAGCAUUUAUCCGUUCUUUGGAUGUCUCUUCGUUUGGAUGGCGACUCCAACCUUCAGAACAAAGCUUAUGAGAAUAACGGUACUUCCUAACUGCAUCUUGAGCAAAGACACUAUCCGAAUUCACAUUUUGCGUUCAAAACCAACUUCCCAAAAUCUAACGAAUCACUUCAUGAAUAAUGCCGCCAUGCCGUCCGCAAUAACCAGAAACCAAGCACUUCCAGGGUGA